AUUACAGAUAGCAAGGCUUUGGAUACCCCCAGUCUACAUUAUGAAAAGGGCAAAAGCGUCAUUGAGCAACCAAAUCUAGAUAAACUUGGAGCUUGUUUCAUUUCAUCUUUUGUUAUGCAUUAUCGAUGGCCUUCUCUCUGUUCCAAAACCCCACCUUCCUUAAACUUAAACCCCCAACCAUCGCGACGCCGCGCUGGGGCUACGUUCGGGUGCGGUGCGGUGGACCGCGUUCCCAGCGUAGCCCAUUGAUGAAAGGCCGAAUCCUGAGCAUCGAAGCAAUCCAAGCCAUCCAAACCUUAAAACGCCUCCACCGAACCAACCCUCCGAACCUCUCCUCCCUCGUCUCCAACACCCUCACGCGCCUCAUCAAAUCCGACCUCCUUGCUACUCUGCGGGAGCUCCUACGCCAGCAGCACUGCACCAUCGCCCUCCGCGCCUUCUCCACCCUCCGAUCCGAAUACGGCGCCGACCUCUCCCUCUACGCCGAGAUUAUCUCGGCCCUCGCCGCCGCCGCCGCCGCCGCCGCCGAAAUGACCGACCACGUGGACCGUCUCAUCCUCGACCUCGAAGCUGAAAAUGAAGAAAUCAAGUGCGACGAUCACAAGGGGCUUGCCAGUUUGAUCAAGGCCGUCGUUGCUGCUAGGAGCAGAGAAUCAACGGUCAGGAUUUACGGGCUGAUGAAGAAGAGUGGAUAUGGUUCCGUUACCGAGCCCGAUGAGUAUGUGGUUAAGGUUUUGGUUAAUGGGCUCAAGAGUUUCGGGGAAGAGGCUCUUGCCAGAGAACUUCAGGAUGAAUACAAAAUUGCGCUUGCUAUGUUCUCUAAGCCCCAAUUAAACACAUUGCGCUUUUAGUCAAGUUUGUAAAUACUUUUUUUUAUUAUUUUUAAUAUAGUCAUUAGGUAACUGCAGAAGAAGAAAGUGCUGGCUGGCAUUUUGUCAAUCCCAUUUUUUUUCAAAUGUUAUGAUUACAGUGUUACAGUAAACUUAUUUUUAAUUGAAUGGUUUCUGAUUAAUUUACACCCA